AAGCUAUAGAAACAAAAGAAAGUCACCAUCCAAAUUCACCACUAACAUGCGCCGACCCAACCUGAGCCACCCCACAUGGUACACUCGCACGUUCGUGUGCGGGUGAAGCCAAAGGUUAGCGCAAUAAGUGUCGACGUCAAAGGAAACCGUUGACCAAAACGAAGAGGAGCGGUUGAAUGUCACUCAUGUUUACGAUGCUGAGAGACUCCCGUUUCAGUCGAGUGCAAAUUGUCAAAUGCUACGGAUAGAAUUUACUCGGCAAAAGCAACGAAUCGAAAACGAAACGCCUCGAUGGGGUUGUGCUAAUAAAUAACAACAAUAUUAAUAUUAAAAUAAAUAACUUGAGCUAAACAAAGAAACAAAAACAAAUACAGUGAUAAAAUAACGAUUAAAUACUAGUAGUAACAACGCCUAAAAAUAUACAAAAAAUUAUUUGUGUACUCUUAAAAUCGUGAAAUGUAACAUGACACGCGAUAUUGUAAACAACAUUAGUAUAAACAAUACCAAAUAACGUAGUUUUAUCGCAAAUUUAGAAAGAAUGUGACCAAAGCCUUGAUUUCAAGGAGAAUUGAACGGCUUCGAUAAAACGACGUUAAGCGCAUAUCUCGAAUGUGAAAAAAUAAUGUGGAAGCAUGUCUUCCCACUCCGUUGUAUCACUCUCAUCUUUUAAUAUAUUAUUUUUUACACAGGUUCUAACGGUUUUAACAUCGUCAAUAAAAUACCACGAAUACGUGACCGAUAAAGGCAAAAAUAUUUCCAUACCCUGCACAGCGGAGGGCAACGUUAUGUGGGUUAAGGAAAGCGGCAACAAUAGCACCAUAAUACAGACAGGAAAGUUUUUGGUGUUGACCAAUGUAUCGACCGACGAACGUGGUCUGUACGUGUGCUUUGCUGCGGUUCCGCCUCGUCAAGCUUCCGCCCCCAAUACCGGCUCCAAUGCACAAGCAACAAAUGAACAGAGAAAAUCAAUAACAGCAUCAUUGCCUACAUCUGCCUCGCCAACGACGGCGUCAUCAUUGAUAUUGACAUCAACGUCAUCAUCGUCAACCUCAUCAUCGUCAGAAGAUAUAAAUGUAUCAACAAUGGUGCACAUGAGUGCAGCAAAUGCUUCAACUACCUCAUCGCUUCCAAUGCCAGUGCCCACAAUAGCCGUAGCCACAGCCACAAACGCAAACACAAAUGCAAACACAGUGAACAUAUCGACAGCGCAGCAAGUUUCAAAAGCUGACAAAGCCACCACCUUAAACAAUAGUGGCCAAACAAUGAAAGCGCCUACACCGGACACAGCACGGAAGACAGAAGCAAAUAAUGGUAAUAAGAGCGAAGAAGAAACCGAGGCGGAGGAGUACCAAGCUGUCGAAAAGGUCAACUUGACCGUGCGCACACCGCCAGGGCCUGUUACACAACUUUACUUCAAAGCAUCCACUAUUCUGGGCUUUCUUAUCUGGCGUUUUAACAAAACCAAUUCCGGUGGUUACCCGGUGCGCAGCUUUACUGCCGAAUUUCGCAAUGUUUCGUACAAUGAGACACCCUACAACCAAUCGUUCGAACACGAAUGGAGUCGCAUGGACCCAAUUAAUAUUGCACCGAAUGUUCGGCAAAUGGAGGUAUAUCGCCUAGAGCCCAACACUACCUACGAAUUUCGGAUAUGGGCCAACAACCAGUUAGGCAGCGGCGAGGUUGUUACCACCAAUGUAACAACGCUUCCCGAAACCAAAGAGGAGGAUUUAAUACGCCUUAUACAACCCGACUUAGAUAAUUUCGAUCCGCGCAUUUGGAUAAUCGCCGUCAGUGUUGUACUUGGAACUCUUGUGAUAUUAGCAAUUGGACUAUGUAUAGUUUUAUCGAAAGAAUGUUAUCAAUCAUCGCAAGCGGAUUUCGAAAAUGGUUGGGAAGGCAUAGAGCUUAUACCGAAUAUAAUACUAAAUCCGGGUUUCUGUGAGUCGGAUGGCUCUGAGCCAGUGCAGCCGUACACACGAACUAUCAUUUUUGGUGAAGACGACGAGAGUGAUGGCUACGAGAGUGAAUCAGAUCACGAGCCACCCAUGGAGAAAUUCAAGCGGAAAGUGUCGGUUUUCUUCACAGGCCCUACAAUAAGACGGAUUUGAGUUAAAUCGGAUAACGCGUCUCACGGAUGCGAAAAAGGAAAUAGUAUUUGUACAGUUAUUAUGGUUUACCAAAAUUUAAUUUGCUCACAUAUUGGGACUUUUGUGAUUUAUACUAAGAGCUUUCCCCUUUGUACAGGUUAUUUUAUUUAUAGAUUUUAAAUUAUUUAAAAUACAUAUUUUCCAAUAUAGAAAAUCAUAAUUCUUUACAGCAGUGUUGACAUAAAAUUAUUAAUUAGGAGCCGAUAUUAGUACCGCUGCUUUGAUGCUUACUUAAAAUUGUAAAAAAAUAUUAUUUAAUAAGAAAAAAAUAAUUAUAAUUAUAAUACUUGUAAUAAUAGUAACAAUGACAAAUUGUCGCAUAGGAAAGAAUGUAGGUACUUAUAUUUAAGAAAAUAUAAGCGAGCUUUUGUUACGAAUCAAAUUUUAUAAAUUAACGCCUAAGCAAAUUGUUAUUGAAUAUACACACAUAUGUAUUAUACAUAUGUACAUAUAAGCAAACACAAAGCUAAAUUAAACUUGAAAACCUAAAAUACUUAAAAAAUUAUUAGUACGCAUAUUGAGAAAACCCAGUUCUUGAAACAUGACUCCCUUAUAAAAUUUAUUAUCCAGCCAUUUCGGUUCUAAUUCCCAACCGAGUGAAUUUCAGCAAAUAAUACAUAAACAUAUGUACGAGUAUGUGCUCGUAUAAUAGUACAUUUACUAUUUGUAGGGCACGAGCGAGACAAUAUUUUGUUGUGCUUUUUAUAGAGAAAAGCGCAGUUUAACCUGCAGAUGUAUUCCCGUAUCCCGUAUCCUUCUUAAUGAGCCACUUGCCUUCUGCUUUGAUUAUUUCGUUUUAUUUUACUAUAACUUUCAUCUGAUAUACUGUGUACAUAUGCUUCGCGUACAAUCUAUUGAAUCUCUACGCGGAAUUACUGAGUUUGUGCUCCAAAUUAAACCCGUCUUAAGUUACACACACAUACCCAUGCCUAUGCAGAUACGACUGGAAAAGGAGGAAGCUUAGGUCUUAGGAAAUUACUACCAAAUAAUGGAUUAAAUGAUAUGCAUAAAUAAUUGUUGCUGUGAUAAAUAUUCAAUUGGAAAAAGCUAUGCAUUAUAAAUUUAAUAUAUUAUAAAGUUAAUAACUGCAGCAAGCGCUCACAUUUGAAUGAAGAUUGAAUAAAUUUAAAAUUUUUGUAGAGGCAAACAUGUGGUUAUAGAUACAUAAACUCAAAUUUGCCUAAAUAUAGUUGUAUUAUUUGCUUUCAUUUUUUUUGCAAAGUUGCGUGGUGCUUCGAUUUUGUUGAUGUUAUCCAGAAUUCUUCUAUCUUUGCCGUAGGGGUCAUUUCGCUUAUACGUAUAGGUUUAAUGUGACAGUGGUGAUAAAUUACGAUGCGAAUCUCAUGAAAUGAGAGAAGUAUUAGCUAGUUCUAGGGCAAUUGGUUGUUGGUUUCAGUCACAUGAAUGCAAUAUAACCUUAUAUUAGACGCACUUGAGCUCCAAAUGACGGAAUUGUUUGUUCUUUCCUUUAUGGUCCAUUCCGUUUCUUUGGCCCCUAUUACGGGUUUCCACCCAACUGCAUUUUGGUUGAAGUUUUGAAAUGCCGGUUGUGAAACUUCAGCUUUUCUCGGUAUUACGGUUUUCAACUCUGUGUCAGUGGGGUUGACUAGAGUAUCAAAAAAUAUCAACAGCUACCAAGCAGUUGUAGUUAGACUUAAAUAAAUUAAUUUAGGAGAUAUAUAUUUAUAGAAAAUUGAAAAUGGGUAAAAAGAACUAUUUUUUUUAUAAUUUUAAAUUAUUUUAAUCAGUUAUUAUGUACAAAUACAUAGAAAGGUGGAUAAUUUGUUGAUCAAAUAGUUGUAGUAAUUAGAAACAAUUGCCAAAUUGUCUCUACGUAUUUGCCAAUUGUCUGAUGUAAUGGACUGUCUGAAAGUUUUAUAUAUAGGCGGUAAAUACAUUUAGUAAGUUCUGGUCGUCAAUCACCAGCUCACCCCACUCAUUCUUAUUCGUAUAUCCAUAGCCAAAGAAACACAUGUUGAUUUAGUAAGAAUUAUACAAUAAGACUUUGUAUUUCAGUUAAUUUCAAAUUGCAUGAUAGUUUGGUUGAUCCUAGAAGAGUAGUGUGAUAAGUGUUCCAGACAAUAUCUUAAUUGAGUCAAUAAAUUAUUUGUCUACUUAAUUACUAAUUGCCUAAAUCAAAUGUCUGAAAAUCUAUUAAAACUAUCUCACCAUUCCACAUCAAAAUUAGAUAAAAGGAGCAAAGGUGGAAGGCAGAAUAGUUGAUUUCUUUAUAUAUCGUUAUUCCCGUUCUUAGUUAUUCUUAGUAUCUUUCUACUAUACAUAAUUUUUGAUACUUGGCGCUUAACUGCUCAACCAUGCUCUAUUUCAUAUCUGUUACUUACAACACAAACGCAAUUAUUCCUUUGUUCACUAAGUUGUUCCACUUGUCAAUUAGUUGCUUCUCCUCCCAUCCGUGGUUCGUGCCUUGAUGUCAUCCAACAAAUAGAGAUCAGUCCUGAAAUAUUUAGCCCUUAAUAUUAUUAAAGACUGUAAGAAGGCAAUUAUAUGUUAUUUUAAGUAACUAUAACCAAAAGAAAUUGAUUUGACUCGAGUUGAAGAAACAUCCCCUUUUUAAGAGUGCAUAUACAAUUGUACAUUUGUACACACAUGCAUACAGUCAUAUGUAAACGUAGUUAUACGGUUAUAUGAAAAGCAAGGAGCACAACAACCACAACGUGUGAAAACUAAAAGCAUUCAAAUAAGAGCCGCAUUAAAAUUAGUGAUCAAAACGCCUUCAAAAUGCAAUUAUACAAAAAAAUAAAUGCAAUUAUACAAAAAAAAAUGUAAAAAGUUAUUAAAUAAUAUUAAUAAUAAACAACCGAGUAUUAAAUGCAAACAGUUAUGCUUUUGUGUAAAUAUUAAUUUUUAGAAAUAAAGCAGCGAACUUUUAUUGCGACAUACCCAUACACACAUAGGUGUUUAGCAAAUGCAAAGACGCUUGAUUCAUUCACACCAGUGUGUGCUUAGAGAUUGUAAUGAAAUCUUAAAUAACUGCUUUCUUAAUUUAAAAGCAAUCAUUGAGACUAAUGUAUCAUUUAUGAUUUAUGGUUUACCUUAAUAGAAAAUACAUUCAUACAUAUGUAUGAAUAUAUACAUAUACUUGUAUGAUGGAAAAACGCCAUGUUAGUAUGUGAGUUGAUAAAAGCCCCCAAAGUAUACCGAAACACCGCUGAAUAUGCUUCGAAUAUUAAAAGGUACUUCUAUAUGUAAAUGUCGCAAAUUAACUGUAAUUAAAUAAAUUUAUACAAAUAAAAAUAAAGUGAAGAUUCAAAGUAUUUUUAUAAUUUAUCAA